AUGAAUAAAUUUUCAUCAACUAUAAAACAGCAAGAAUUCUUAAUAAUAGAUACUGUUAUUGCUACCAUACAUAUUCAAAGGAUCACUUCAAUUCAUGCGCGCACUGUUUCUACAUUUCAAAACAUUUUAAUUAAUAAAACAACAUUAAAUUGUGUUGGUGAUCCAUUGAAAAAAUGGUGUGAAAAUCAAGUGCAAUUGUGCAACUCGUCUCUAACUGUAUAUAAUAAACUAUUUGUUUUAACACGUGCAAUUAUUCUGCAACCUCAAUAUGCAAAAGGAAAGCUAAUAGGCGGAGAAGACAUUCAAACUGUAUUGAAUCAACCCGAACAAAAUGAAUAUUUUCAAUUUGAAAAAGAUUUUAUUAAACUUUCGUGCAAUGUUGAAAACAUUCAAGAAAACAUCCCCAAUAGUCAUUUAUUAAAUGUUUUUUCAUCUCUGACUACUUAUGAAACCCAUCCAGUUACACAAAUAAUUAAUGAAACAACAAUUGCUGUUAAUCGCCAAGAUUAUGCCAAUUUCUAUCAUACAAUAACCGAUCUAUAUACAGUUUAUCUUUUAUGUUGUUUCUUUCGACGUGAUCCGAAAUCGGUUCGAAUACUUUUUCUUGAUGCUCAUCCAAAAGGCAGUUUAGAUAUAUUAUGGUCACAAUUAUUUCAUUCGUACACUCGACUAGGAGAGUUAAAAGCUUCGCCAUCGAUUUUCUAUCGAGAACUCAUAUGGUCACAACCACAAUCACAGUCGGAAAUAGAUGUUCAACGAUAUCGAAAAAGUGCGCCAAGUUGUUUUGUCAAAUUUCGUGAACAUGUUUUAAAACAAUUCAAUAUUAAUUAUAAAGAAAAUGAAAAAGUAAACUGUCAAGCGUUGAAUGUAUUUUUCCUUGUUCGACAUAAUUACGUUGCUCAUCCAAGAAAUCCUUCAGGAAAAAUCACAAGACAAUUAACAAACGAACAACAAAUACUUGAUGAUUUGAAAAUGAAAUUUUCAAAGUAUCCGAAUGUUAACUUCAGUUUUAAUCAUUUCGAAGAAUCAAGUAUGGAACAACAAUUAAAUGUGAUCAGUCAAACAGAUAUAUUUAUUGGUGUUCAUGGUGCUGGUUUAACUCAUGUUCUGUUUAUGAAACCUAAUCGUUGCUUGAUUGAAUUGACUACGUUAUUAUGGGAAUCGCAACAUCAUUUUGAAUUGAUGGCAUCGAUUAAUAGUAUUAAUUAUCGUCGUUGUUUAACCACUGAUGGAUCACAGGAUACAUCACAGACAAUAUUUGAAUGUGUGAAGUCGAAAAUUGAUCGAAUGUGUUCUCUCGCGCCCGUUCAAAAUGAUGCGCAACCGAUUUUUUCGACAUUGCCAAGAAUUAACGGAAGCAUUUCUAAUAGUAGUAUAGCAUUUUGA